AAAUGAUUGGUGCGGUACGCUCACCUUUCCGCAUCCACAAACCAAUAAAAAUCCGACUGCGCUGGUGGGGCGAGUCAAUUUCAAAUGAUUGGUGGUACGCUGCUCGUAACCGUAUACAGCCACCAAUGAGAGUAUUAGUGUGUUCUGCGCGCGGGAGCUGCGUAACAAGAAUAAUGAAGAUAUCGGCGGGCCAGGGUCGCAGUAAUUUGCUAUUGCCAAGAUGAGCAGCGAAAAGGACAUUAGGCACCUUCAACGGGCGAAGAGUAAAGCUCAGCGUAACAAAGAUCUGAGAGAGGAGGCGAACGUGUGCAAUCGUUUGGGAGAACUACUAGCCAACAGAGGAGACUUUAGUGCGGCAAUUGAGGAGCAUCUUCAAGAGCUACACCUGUCUGAUACCCUGAAUGAUGUCAUCGGCAAGGCUGUUGCACACAGGAAGAUCGGGGAGUGCUUUGCAGAACUGGGCAACUAUGACAAGGCACUGAAGCAUCAGCGUCAGCACCUGGCACUUGCUCAAUCAGUUGGUAAUGACCUGGAAGAGCAGAGGGCCUGGGCAACCAUUGGCCGCACUUUCCUAUUCCGCAAUGAGACUGACCAAUCUCGGGAGAGUCUACAGAAGGCAGAGGAUGCCUUUAAAAGAGGCAUGCGCAUUAUUGAUGAAAGACUAGACGGAAAAGUGUCACAUAGUGAGCUUAGUGUGAUGAGAGCCCGUCUCUAUUUGAACCUGGGUUUUGUUUAUGAUGGCAUGAAGGACCCACAGCGGUGCAGUGAUUUCAUUCGGAGGAGCAUAUUCAUUGCAGAAAGGAACCAGCUGCAUGAGGACCUUUACAGAGCAAUGUUCAACUUGGGCAGCAUCCAUUUCCGUGAAGGUCUCCAUUCUAAUGCUAUGCGCUGUCUAGAAAAGGCCAAGGACUGUGCUCAUAAAAUGCAGGAGAAGUUCUCAGAGAGCGAGUGUCACCAUAGUAUUGGCAAGGUGCUACUGGCUCUUGGUGAUUUUGUGGCUGCCAAACGUGCUUUGAAAAAAGCUUACAAGAUGGGUUCCCAGCAUCAAUCUGAACGUGAAAGUGUGCUGAAAAACCUCAAGUUAGCAAUAAAAGGCUGUCAUCUGGAAGAAGCGUUAGCAGAAACGUCUGAAAAUGAUGUGCAGGGAAUCAUGGGAAUGUCUGAGCAACUGGGAGACCUGUGCUGCAAAGUUGCAUGCUAUGGGAAAGCACUUGAUCACUAUCUAACACAGCUGACUUGUGCCAAAUCCUUGAUGAAGCCUGCCUGUGAGCUGGCUGUGAUUCAUGUUUCACUGGCUGCUACCUAUUCCGAUCUGAAACAGCACCAGAAGGCUGUGGAACAUUACAGACAAGAGCUGAUCCUUCGUAAGGGGAACCCAAAAGAGGAAUGUGAAACCUGGCUGAAUAUUGCUGUUUCUUUGGAAGAGACUGGCUCAACCUUGGAAGAGAUUGAAGAUUGUUACCAGAGUGCUCUGGACCGUGCCAAGCAAGCGCACUUGCCCACAUUACAGCUUCGUGUCUUAAAGCAACUUCUCAUGGUUCAGCACAAGCUUGGUUCUGUUUCUGCUGCUAACACAGAGGCAAAGAUAAAAGACCUCUCAGAUUCCCAAAGGGUUAGCGAUGAGAGUGAAGCAGAUGAAGAUCAAGAUGAAGAACCUAACAGUGAGCCCCUUGAGGAGAGUGACCUAGAAUUGACCAGUUCUGAGGAGGAAGAAGAUAAUCUGGAUGAGUACAGCAAGUCUGUGCCAGGACGAAGAAGGGCAAAACAGUGGAACCGCCGCAAUGAAAAAGGCGAGACGAUGCUUCACCGUGCCUGCAUUGAAGGCAACCUGAAACAGGCCCAGUGCCUAGUAGAUAAGGGUCACCCCCUUAACCCUCGUGAUUACUGUGGCUGGACACCACUUCAUGAGGCUUGUAAUCAUGAUCACUUUGACAUAGUGCAGCUUCUGCUGGAUCGAGGUGCAAAUGUCAAUGACCCUGGUGGCCCACUCUGUGAGGGUAUCACUCCUUUACAUGACGCCCUGAGCUGUGGAAACUUUAAGGUGGCACGUUUGCUCAUUGAGAAGGGAGCCUCUGUUUCGGCAAAGAAUGCUAAGGGUCAUACUCCUUUUGAAACCCUAAAUGAGUGGUUGCGAAACUAUGGAAAACACCUUGACCAGGAGACAAUUCAAAAAUGCAAAGAUGUGAAGAACUUACUGAAAAAAGCAAGCAGUGGCAGAGCUUCAACCCCUCAAAGGCCUCAGCCUUCUAGAGAUUUUCAGGACAGUGAACUAUUUGAUGCGGAACAAUCUCAGACUCUUGAAACAGCCAAGACGAGUGUUUAUAAUACUCCAAAUUAUAAUAUGAAGAGUGGACGCAGCAGGGUUCCAAGUAGUAAUGCUACCCCAGGGGAAAAGCCUAGCUCCUCCAGUAGGGGUAGAUGCAACAGUACAGAAGAUUUAAAAUGGAAAAAAAAGAUUAUAUCUCUAAGUGAAGGUUUUUCCUCAGAAAGUGACACUGAGCUAGAAGACUUGAUAGCCACCCCCAUGCAAAGCUACACCCCCUUUGAGGACGAUUUGACUGUAGGAGAAGAUGAUCAUCUAAAUCAAGAGGAAGUGGAUGAAGAUGAAGAAAACACAGAGGCUCUAUUCACUAGUGCAGAGUGUGAACAGAGGUCUGUUUCAGGGAGAGAAGAAUACCAGAGAGCAAUGCAAGCACUAGGUGGCACCAAGUCUCGAUUUCUAGCUUACAGUCUCUCAGACUCCACCACUGUACCACCACCCAAAACAGAUGCCAGCUGUCGUCCUGCAAUGGUGCCAGAAGAGGAGUACAUAGAAGAUGACUGGUUGGAUGAUGAUAUGGGUAUAGCCCAGCCCAAAAAGAAAAGAAGAACAUCAGAGAGCUUGGAAGCAGGCAGAAGAGAUGAUGACACUUCAGCUGCAGGCAGUAUGGUCCAUCCCAGUUUUUCUGUGCCCCCAUCUGCAGCUAGAAGAGGUGCAAAUAGUCGAAAUCUUUCUCUAAAGCGGGGGCGUUCCAGGCAAGUAAAAAUGACACAGCUCUCAGGAAUGACAGUUCUGAGCAGUCGCCGUGCAAGUAGUCCUCUCCAACAACUGGCCAAAGAGCAAAACAAUUCAAGAGUGAAUGAGUCUGACUGUACCUUACAGACUUCUGCUCAAGUCUUUACCCAGUCAGUGGCCCAAACUCUGCCUCCCCCAAUCAGAGUGCGUGUGAGAGUUCAGGACAACACCUUUCUCAUUCCUGUCCCACAUAGCAAUGCUGAGACUCUCACAGUUGGGUGGCUUGCUGACCAAGCUGCUCAGCGGUAUUACCAAGCAUGUGGUCUGCAACCUCGCAUUUCACUUCAGAAAGAAGGAGCUCUGCUUGCACCACAAGACCUAAUCUUGCAUGUGCUACACAGCAAUGAAGAGGUUCUUGCGGAUGUUCGUUCCUGGGAUCUUCCUCCUCUAUUGGAUCGUUAUCAAAAGGCCUGCCAGAGUCAGUCAGUGGCUGAAAACAAGUUACUCAGUAAGGUGUGCGCCCUCCAGGAUAGCACCCCCUGCUUCUCCAUCUCCCACCUCAGUCUUCGGCCUCAGUGUCUGGCCCCUCUACUGCGGAGCCUUAAGCUGCAGACAUGCCUCAAGGAGCUCCACCUCUCUGGAAAUAGACUGAAUGAUGAAUUAAUGGGAGAACUCUUUGCUGCUGCUGCCACCAUGCCAGUUCUUCAUCUCUUGGAUGUAUCCUCUAACCAUAUCACUGGGGAGGGACUGAAGCAGGCCUGCUCUACAAUAGAGAACUAUGACAAGCAGCCAGCCUUUCCGAAUUUGGAAGAAGUGAAUUUGAGCUUCAAUCCUCUGGGUGACAACAUGUCUCAGCCUCUGUCAUCUCUGGUUGCAUCCUGCCCCUUGCUCACCACUCUGAAACUACAAGGCUGUGCUCUGAGUACUCGCUUUCUCCAGCAGCACCAUUCCAUGCUGGCUGGUGCACUUUCAGGGAGUGGACACCUGAAGUCAAUCUGUUUAUCCAACAACAGAUUGGGCUCUGCAGGUAUUGGACUGCUUCUGAAAAUGUUACCCAAGCAUUCUGUGACGCAUUUGCAGCUAAGUGGAACAUGCAAAGAACCUGAGGGGCAAGCAGUUAUAGAGCUGCUCUCAUCCUACUUGUCGCAGGAGGGCUGCUCCUUGACCCACCUGAGCCUGGCUGGGAAUGGACUGUCGGACUCAGACAUUUGCACACUUGUCAGGUCUCUUCCGCUUUGCCAUUCACUUGUGUCUCUAGAUCUCUCUGCCAAUCCUUCAGUUACAGCCACUGGUCUGGAGUUACUACUGACAUUCCUCAGAGAUGGUAAUUCAGUCUUGCAGUCACUUGACCUCACAGGGUGCCAAGUGUCUGGACCGUGGUCCAGCAUCUCAUUGGACUCUCUGUCCUCAUCGAUUCAAGAUCUGCGACUCUGUUCUCAGCGCCUGAACAAGCUGGACCGGAAGUCAUUGGCACACAGUUUGAGAAUGGACUCGGUUAGUGUGGUUUCCCAUCAAAGUAAGUUCUUCAUUAGGGCAGCGGACCAUCCGAUCUCUGCCUGACUUGGUGGCAUCGAUUCUCCUGGGAUGUUGGUAUGACAAGAAAGCAACUGUUGACUUUGACUUCAACCUGAGGAUGGAUGCUGGAUGUGCAACAUCAGGACCUGAGCUGAGCUCUGCUUCACAUUUGGGCUUAAUUGACAGAACACACCUAUUUCAGGUUUAGACAUUGGUAGCAGGCUACCUGAGAUCUUUGCCUCAGUGGUAAGGUGCCAGCACUCCUAAUAUGCUGGCCUUAGUGAAGGGAAAAAUGCCAAUUCAUAUCUUGUUCUUUAUCCAUAGAAAUGACUUUUUUCACAUGCAGGUCUGGGAGGAGGAGGUAGUUCACCUCUUAUCUUGGCUUUGGUUGAAAGAGCAAAGUCAUGUCCCAUUUUUCCUCUAAGAGCUGACCAGAAGUCGUUUCUAAACCUGAGUAGCAACUCCUAUGACAUCUUAGCUUACUUUGGCCUUGGUGUUUUAUUGUUGUAUAGAUGUUUUGUUUUACUUUUUAUGUUAAUAAAUUAUAUUUACUGUGAACUUUAAUGCAAUCAGAUAAAUCAGGUGUUAACUGAAUUUAUUAAAAAGUCAUUUUUAAUUUA